AUGGCGAGCGCAGAUACUGCAUGCUGUCGGAAGGCGACAGACGCUGGACUUGAUUCGAUAUUGCGGGCACGAAAUAUGAGUGACUGGCUUGAACGCCCACCUGUUGACUACAUCGAGUUUAACCAGCUUUUGUUCCGGAUCUCGUUUUCCAGGCCUAGGGCUCGUAUAGCAUCCCGCAUUCGCUCACCCGUGGUGUAUGACAAUCUCCCCCCGGAACUCAAUACACUAAGGAGAGGGUUCGAGCAAGAGAACCUUGAGGGUCUCCCACGUGCCGUCUCUUACGGGAGUCUUUUGGCUCUCAACCUGAACCUUGCCUUUGCAACAUCCUACCAUAAAACCGAAAAGAUCGAGACAAUUCGUGGUGAUGGAAGCGAAGGGCUCAACAAUCCGAAUAGCCCUGGAUGGCCUUCGCCUGAUGCAAAUAGCCUGGGGACAAUGUGGACGUUCGACUCAAAUAACAAUGUGCUGUUAAACCAAAUUUUCCGUGGUUGGCAUCGGCGUGAAGAUUUCACGGAUUUUGGUGAAACGUUUUCAGCUCCUGGAUUCGCUCUCGUCCACUCGAUCUCACACGUCAGCUCCAUAUGUUGUAUCGGCGACACGCAGAUCCCUGUAGGUGUUGCGGUUGAUAUCGCAUCACGCAGACCAGAGAUCCGCCAACAGAAACCAUAUCAGAAGACGGAUGUCAUUGCCCGACAGGAACUGAUAAAAGCAAGCCUGCCAGUCUUAACCCUGAUGGCAAUGGCGAGUUCUCAUAUUGACGCUGGUGGAAACUUGACACAACAGCCGUUUCCAGAGGCCUUCGUGUUCGGCAUAGCUGUCUUAACCGAAGAAGUAUUGGUCGAACUGCUUACCCCGUACUUUGACGAGAGGUCCAAGAAAUGGAAGAUAUAUUGCUCUUCUUGUCAUUCUAUUCCCUUCGGCGACGUGACGUUGGCUCGCCCGCGACCACAUUUCCUUUUUGUAAAAUUUCUCAACUUGAUAUCUGGGAUCCAUGUACACCAUCAAAAUGUGGUGCGUACACUGGCCAGACAUGAGUGGGAUGAGCAUGUAUUGGCAGUGUUCUCUAAGCCAUCUCCUGUCAACUAG